AUGCUGCUUUGGAUUGUUCUCCUGAAUGCGGCUCUUUGUGUUGCGAGUGGGAAUGUUACAAGGGACGUUUGUAAGGAGCAGAUAUGCUCUUGCAACGACGUCGAGGGAGAUCUGCACAUAGACUGCGAAAAAAGGAGCUUCACCACUCUGCAGCAUUUGACUGGCCCGAGCUCGCAGUUCUAUCACCUGCUCCUGCACGGGAAUUCUCUCUCCAGGCUUUUUCCCAACGAGUUCGCCAACUUUUACAAUGCUGUGAGCUUGCAUUUGGAAAACAAUGGCUUGCACGACAUUGUCCCCGGCGCGUUUCUGGGGCUGCAGCUGGUGAAGCGGCUGCACAUCAAUAACAAUAAGAUCCGCUCCUUCAGGAAGAGUACGUUUCUGGGGUUGGACGACUUGGAAUACCUCCAAGCUGAUUUUAAUCUACUGAGGGAUAUUGACCCCGCUGUUUUCAGGGACCUUAACAAACUUGAAGUGUUAAUACUUAACGACAACCUCAUCAGUGCGCUACCUAUAAACGUGUUUCAACAUGUGCCCAUUACGCAUCUCGACCUGCGGGGGAACCGAAUCAAAACGGUGCCUUAUGAAGGGAUCCUGGAGCAGAUACCUGGCAUUGCGGAGGUUUUGUUGGAGGACAACCCAUGGGACUGUAACUGCGACCUGGUUUCUCUUAAGGAAUGGCUGGAGAACAUACCGCAUAACGCGCUUAUCGGGAGGGUGAUAUGUGAGGCGCCCACCAGGCUCCAAGGGAGCGACUUAAACGAGACGUCAGAAGUGGAUCUGUGCCCGUCACUGAGCGGCGGUGUGGACACCAGCCUGGUGGCCCCUCCCACUCAGGAGGAGACCUCAGCGCCCGUGGCCCCUGCCCCGCGCCCCACGCCUUACAAGCCCAACGGAGACGCCAGCGGGCCCCCGACUCCUGGCGGCCACGAAGCCAAAAGCCGCUCCAAGUCUCGUGAGAAUUGGAAGCUGAAAACGAAGCCCACUCCAGUGUUGACAGGUGUGAACGGGGACAGGGAGCAGCUGCACAACAUGUCCUGCCCCCAGCCCUGCAACUGCAGGCUCGUGGGCUCCAGGCAGGGGCUGGGGGUCAACUGUGAGGGCAAGAAGAUCGAGAACUUAUCCAACCUCAAACCCAAGCCCCUGGCUGCCCACGAGCUCAACAUGAGAGACAACAACAUCCACGCUGUGAAGAAGAACCAGCUGCUCGGCUACACCAGCCUCAACCUGCUGGAUCUCGGAGGGAACAACAUCAAGGUGAUUGACAACAGCACGUUCCAGAACCAGAGCGAGCUCAGGUGGCUGUACAUGGAUAAGAACUACUUGGAUACGCUCCUCGCAGAGAUGUUCGUGGGCCUUGUGAAUCUGGAAUAUCUCAGUUUGGAAUAUAACGACAUCCAGCUCAUAGUGGCAGGUGCUUUCAGCCCCAUGCCCAACCUGAGGGUUCUGUUCCUCAACAACAACCUGCUCAAAUCUUUACCCGUGGAUGCUUUCCUUGGGAUUUCUUUGUCCAAAAUCAGCCUGCAUAAUAAUUAUUUCCCCUAUCUCCCCGUGGCUGGGGUCUUAGACCAGCUCAACUCAAUCAUCCAGAUCGACCUGCACGGGAACCCGUGGGAUUGCUCGUGCCACAUCGUGCCCUUCAAGCAGUGGACGGAGAAGCUGGGGACGGAUGUGAUAGUGAGCGACCUGAAGUGCGAGUCCCCUGAAGAGUUCUGGAAACGAGACUUCCGCUACGUCCGGAACGACCUCAUGUGCCCCAAACUCUAUGAUAGAAUCUCCCCCACCCCCUUGUCCAAAAACAGCACUUUCACCCUGGACUCGGGGACGCGCUCCACCUCCUAUUUGGAGCCGAACAGGGUCUCCAUUUCGGUGCUCGUCCCCGGGUUGCUGCUGGUGUUCGUCACCUCCGCGUUCACCGUGGUGGGGAUGCUUGUGUUUAUUUUGCGGAAUCGGAAGAGAUCAAAGCGGAGGGAGGGGAACUCGUCCGCCUCAGAGAUCAAUUCCUUGCAGACAGUGUGUGACUCGUCGUACUGGCACAGCGGGCCUUAUAACGCGGACGGGAGCGCGCACCGGGGCUUCGACUGCAGCACGCACCUCUCCACGACUAAUGAUGCGUAAAAUACAAAAAAAGAGGGACUCUGCUGCUUCAGUACAAUGAGCCUCCACUAGACUGGAUUACAAACAGACACACAGACAGACUGACAAAUGACUGAAACCGGAACGAAUCAUCCGCUUUUGGCAGACUUGUUUAUGUCUUGUUUUCUCCAGUUGAACCAAGUAAGUCAGCCUGCUGCUGCUGCUGCUGCUGCUGCGCACA